CCUGCUCGUCCCCCGAGAGAUGAGCCCUUGGGAGAGAGAUAAAGAGAGAGAAGGCCAACUAGUGAAAUAGAUGGAGAGAAACUACUUGUGUACCCUGUCAAAAAAAAGCCCCACCAAAGGGCGGAGCACGGGGGACAAAGGACCCCCAAAUUAAAACCAACCCCUGGGUGGAGUCACCAGCCCUUAUAUAGAACUACUAAAUCGGACCCCAUCUCACAACACGCUCAAACUCCGAGUCGUAAACGUCUAUUUUAAAAUUCAUCUCAAAGUUUAUACCAAACUUUUCGUUACUGCCUUACACAAUUAUUUCAAAUUGGAUUAAAGUGUUCUGUGAAUUUGUGAAGAGUUUUUUUUUUAUUUAAGUGUUUUAAAGAUCUAACAUUCAAGAUGUCGCGAAGUUUUUUGGUGGAUUCGCUUAUCGGCAAUAAUUCGCCUCCAAGUUAUCCAUUUCCAUAUUAUGGGAACCAGGUGCCAAAUUAUAUGUUUAACUUCUUCAAUCUUGGAUUGGGUUAUCAACCAGUUAGACCAGUACCUAGACCACCACCUCUGUCUAUUCCUGUACCGCUGAGUCCGCCAGCCAUCAUGGGGAUGCCUUUUAAUAGACAGAGUCCGUCAUCGCCACUUAAUUCUCCAACAAGUCGCUUAUCAGACGUAUCAGGCGCUAAUGAGUCACCAACGCGCAGUACGACACCAACACCGCCACCGAAAUCACCAAAAUCACCGAAAUCACCAAAUUCAUUCAAUAAUAGUUCAAAAAGGAUACGCACAGCAUUUACCAGUACUCAGUUACUUGAAUUGGAACGUGAAUUUUCAACUAAUAUGUAUCUAUCUCGACUGCGUAGAAUAGAAAUAGCCACGAACUUACGUUUAUCUGAAAAACAAGUGAAAAUCUGGUUCCAGAACCGUCGGGUCAAGUACAAGAAAGAGGAUCUACCCACGGGCCAAAGUGCUAAGUGCUGUUGCUUGAGGACAUGUGGCAAGAAAAAAGAGGAUUGUGAUGAUAAAAAGUGCACUACGACAACAACUGAAGAGGAACUUUGUGAAGAGGAUAAAGAUAAAGACGUUUGUGAGAAUAAGAUACUUGCAUCAACACACGAGAAUGACAAACAAGAUAUUAAAGAGGAAUGUAAAGAGACUUCUGCUGACGUCGUUCAAGAUUUAAGAACUUCUCCAGUUGAUUAUCCAAGGUUUCCGGGCUUCUUUGAAUACCAAGACCGCCGACACAAUAUUUGUGAUGUGAACAUCAAUAAUGAGAGUCGUAAACGUCAAUACCACGAUACGUACAUUACUUCUCUUAAAGACGGUCCAAUUAUCGUUAGAAAUAAUACUUGCACUAAAUAUACCGUUGAGAGUAUUGUUAAUUCUUGAUUUCAGUAGAGUAAUUUAAUUGAAGACUGUAAUUUUUUUUUAUUUUAACUAAAGAACCAGUGGGUUAUUUGAACAAAUAACUUUUGUAAAUAUUGUAUAUAUUUUAACAAUAUCGAAGACUGUAAAUUUUGUAAUUUUUAUAUCUAAUAAGGUUUAUAAAUAUAUAUAAAUAGUAAUGAAAUA